AUGACUCAAGAAUCGAAAGAAAAUAUCACUAUAAAAUCAUUAAGUGAAGAAGAAUCAAAGGAUCAGCCAAAAAUCACAGAGGAAAGUGCUAGUGUAUCCAGUAAAAGUGUAUUCGCAAAGUGGUUGAAACCAACGAGUGUUAGUGGAUUGAAAUUCGUGUCCAAAGACGUUUUAUUGAUACGCGUUGGAAAAACGUUAAUAUUUUAUGACGGGAAUACGCAAAAAUAA